AGAGUUUGCAACACAACGCGAACUUUUUAUUCACAAUCUGUUCAGUUGGCAACCCGGAUUUCAUUUCUCGUCACAAAUUGCCGUUUACGUCAUCAAUACAUCCCACUUCUUGACCAACAAAAUCAGGAGUUAUAAAGCCGGUUUUUCUGAUCCACGUGUAAAGAUAAAGAGAACUUUCUUGGACCACAAUCCAUGCGGGCAUGCCCAGAACUCACCGGGCGCGGGAUGCCAUUUUCUCAUACUCGCGAAUGACACAAUCGCUCCACAGGACGCGUGAAAGAACAAAAAUAAUUUAGAGUCUGUAACUAUACAAUCUUUAGAUCGGGAUGCCAGACGAAAGACAGCCAAUGCUGGAAGGUGGUAACAACACAAUGUACACACAAGCACAGGGAUAUCCUCCACAGCAGCAAGGGGGUUACCCCCCUCCCCAACAACAAGGUUACCCUCCCCCUCAACAGCCUGGAUACCAACAACCCCAACAGCAACCUGGAUACCCACCUGCACAGGGUUACCCCCCUCCACAGCAGGGUGCCAGUGGUUACCCCCCUCCUCAGGGAUCCUAUCAAGGUGCUCCUGCUGGAGCUGGAGUACAGGAGACUGACACACCUUCUUACAAGGGAGAAAUACCAGAUGAUGAUGUGGAAGUUAAUCCUGAUAAUCCUUCUAGUGCUGCUCCUACUGCGACAGCCCCUCCCUUAGAAAAGAUGGAUCAAGUUGCUGGUUACAACCAGAUGGAUGCCCCUCUACCCCCUCCCCCACCACCUUCUUAUGAUGAAGCUACCCAGCCUACACAACGGGCUGGUAUCCAACAAACCCCAACAUUGACCGAUGAUGAAGCCAGGGAGGCACUAGUCUCAUUCGUGGCAGAGAAUUGUUGCUACGGUAAAAAGGCAGCUAAGAACCUCCAUAUAAAUGAUCUCAAACACACUGCGGCAUUCCAUUACACGCUUGAGACAUUUACUGAGAAGAGAACAACUAAGUGGGUUCAUGAACCAUUCUCAGGUCAGCCCAUUGAUGGCCCACACAAUGGGCCCGCCCCUCUUCCGUGGAACAUCGCUGUCAAUAUCCCCAGCAUGUUUCAAAACAGCAUUGCAAAGGUCGAAGUACCGCAUACAGCAUCUGUAAAGCCAUGUCAUGACUGUCAUUCUAUUGGAUUUCGCAGAUGUCACAUCUGUUAUGGACGUGGAAGGACCCGGUGUCAUACGUGCCAUGGACAUGGACGUCGUCAUGUCAGUCAUUAUGACCACCAUGAGAAGAGGCACAUCUCUCGCUGGGAAAGAUGUUCCUUCUGUCAUGGGAUGGGGAGAAGAAGGUGUUAUACAUGCCACGGUCAUGGACAGAUCACAUGUUGCACCUGCUCUGGACGUGGAAGCCUCAAAUGUUUCAUCCAACUCACCGUCAAUUGGACAAACCAUCUGAAUGAUAACAUAGUUGAACGCACUGCCUUGCCAGAUGAACUCAUUCGUAAUGUAACAGGCCAGGUCGCAUUCAAAGAGGAAAAUGCAAGGGUCUGGCCUAUCAAUCACUUUCCAGACCAAGCUAUCAACCAAGCAUCAAAAGACCUCGUUCAACAACACUCUGGUGCAUUCCAGCUUGAACGCAUCCUGCAACAGCGUCACCAGGUUCGCAUUAUUCCUGUUGCUGAGUCCAUUUGCCAGUGGAAGGACAAGAACUUUUCUUUCUUCGUCUACGGAUUUGAACGUAAAGUUCAUGCCCCUGAUUACCCCCAGCAGUGCUGCUGCGGCUGUACCAUUUUGUAAAGGGGAUGAUGCUCCACAUGUCGACAGAUAACUUUACACAUUUAAAUUUCCAGUAUAAAGUUGUCGAAUUUCCCAACUGGCCUCAUAAAUAAUCAUUUUUCAUAGGCUGGUCUUAUAUUUGAAAACUGAUAACUAAGACAUUUGCAGUAGUAUUUUCCAAGAUAUGGUCCAGGUUUGCAGUUGUUUUGGCAUCAUUUGAAUUUGAAUCCUCAGUUUGCUGUAAUAUAUAUAUAUAUUCUUGGCCCUGUGUCUUAAAUGAUACAAUGAACUGUAAAAUCAACGGCAAUUAUAUGCCUAUGAUAAACAUUGUAUAAAAAUGUGUAAAUCACUUGUAAAUAUCAAUUGUAUCUCUUUAAGUUACAUAGCCCUGUUCAGUUUUCACAUCAACAAUAUGAUGUGAAGAGUACUGGCUUAGCUUAGAUCAGUGACGUUCAUUAUCUGUCAAUGAGUGAUUUCUUUUCUACUUAAUAAUGGCAUUUGAUGAAGUGACUUAAAAGGGGACUGUCCUAUCUUGAGGUUAGUGGCACAGUGGGUGGGCUGUCAUAGGCUCUCGUACCAGAAUAUUGUCUUGGUUACAUUAACAUUUUGAUGAAUUUAAAAUGGUGUUAUGAAUUUUGGUAAGAAUUACAAUGUGACAGUUCCAGGUAUGAACAUCUGACCCCUUUGAGAUUUGAGGAUGGUUAAUGGUAUUCAAUAAAGCUUUACAGUAGGUGAUAUGGUUUAUAAGACAGUGAAUCUUACAACUAUAUGUAUAUGAUUUCUUUGGCAUGUCAGAAAUUAAAACAACAAGAAUGAAAUUAUUUUCUGUGAGAGACCCAGAGGACCAACAGCUUUAUGUCCUCACAGAGGGAUGCCAUAGAUAGAAUGAACCAAUUAUCAGAGUACAUGUACUAAUUCAUCGAGCUGCUUUGGGAUUUUAGGAAUAUAGGACCACUUCUCAACAUCUUCAUUUCAACAUUGUUCAGUAAUGGUCAUAAUGUAGUGGAGGCAUAUUUCAAAUAAAUGUUUGUAGUCCUACUUAAAAUACCACCAUUGAAAAGAGGUAAACUCUACUUAUAAUAAACAAAUCAGGAUGUGAUUGUUAAUUAGUCUUUCUCAAAUAUUUCUGUUUCUUGAAAUUCAAACCUUGUUAAACAUUCAAUAAUCUUUUUAUUAGAUAGUGUUUCUUGUGCAUUUAAAUCAGAUAUAUUUAUACAAUGCCAUUAGAUAUAGAAUUUUAUAUAUUUUUGCAAUGAAUAUUCCAUUAGUUAUAGAAAUUUGUUUAGAUUAUGUACAUGUAGAUGUGCAUUAUAUUUAAAAUUCAACAGUGUUUAAUUGAAUACCUUUAUUUGAAGAGUUUUACAUAUAAACAAUUUUGCUCACAUUUUUCAUACUAUUUGUAAUUUUAUUAUAUAUUUCAUGGACUGAUGGAUAUUGGCUCAUAUUUAACAAAACAGCUUGUAUAUUGAUAUUGUUGGUUAAUCAUUCAUUAAGGUCAAUUUCCUAAAAACUUGUGUUGAUAUAUGAUACCAUUAAAUAGGUUGCUGUUUUAUUCCAUAACCCAAAAGCCAUUCCCAAUCAUAUUGUAGUGUACCAUCCAGUUUUCCUGAUUGUAAGUAUGAAAUUGUUCAAUAUGUAUCAAUAUGUAGAAAACAUUAUUGAAAAGGACAAAUAGAGAUGUUAAUCAAAGCUAAAAAGUAGAUUCAUUGCAUUUAUGCACAAUGUUUAUUCGGAUUAAGAGUUCAAAUUCUCAUUUUUUGUCAUUUUUGCAUAUUUUUUUCUCCCUGGUUUUGAUUUUUUUUUUUUUUACAUUCAGCAACAUGUUUAAUUGAUAAUUAAAAGAUGACAUAAUCUAAUUAAUUAGAACUAUUGUUCCAACUGUUGUAUUGUGCUAUCAGCUUUGUUUUUUCCAAUUGCUAUUCUUCAAUUCAUAUUUUACAUACAACAUAUACAUGUACAUACAGCAACUCAAUUUUCUAUGAUGUAUCCUAUGCCUGUGUUGUAUUUACUCAAGUUUGCUGUAAAAAAAAAACUAAAUCUUUGUGUCUUACUCUUUGCCUUUUGCUUUCAAAUAACAUGCCUUUUUUUUUUUCAAUCAGUACUAGAUUAUAGUUUUCUAAAUAUCUUGCAAAAGUACAAUAGAUAGAAUGAGUUUAAUCAUGUUAAAACCUGUAUAUACAUUGCGUGUAUGUUUCAUAAGAAUGCAGACAAAACCUUAAUGUCUAAUAUGUUAUUUGGACAUUUUUUUUAAGGAAAUUCAAAGAAUCAUUGAAACUCUGGUAACUUAUUCUUCUCUUGCUAUUAUUUUUGGCAAAAAAUUUACUCUAUUGAUUGAAAAUAAGCCAUUUAUAAAUCUUUUAUUAUUAUUGUUAUCCAUUUUGAAUAAAGGCAUUCUCAGUGUUGUGUUAACUGCUGUAUUCUGUUUUUCCCUGUAUCAUCCUUGAUCAUGUAACAGAAUUAUCAUGAACAGCUAAUUUAGAUGUUUUAUUGUUUUCUCGUUAUCACUUUUAAGAUGUGGUAACGAUCUCAAAAUGAGUUCAGACAGAAUCCAAUGAUAAUACCACCAAAGUGUUUGUAUGUAUGAAUAAAAAAUAUGUGCCAAAUGACUCUGGAAGAAAAUGUGUAAUUGCUGAGAAAUAAGCAAAAUAGGCAUGGAAUUCCAUCAAAUGUUGGGUAUUUUUCCACGCAAUGAUAAUACAUUGUCACAAAUUUGCCGUUUUGUGUUGGUGAUGAUCAGAAUUAUAGGUUUUCAGCCGAGAUUUCAUGAUUUGACAAAGAUAAGUUUAUUUCAAUGUACCAGAUGUAGGUCUGUGAUAAUAUGGUGACAAUUAACUUUGAUAGUAAAGACUUUCUCAAGAAAUAAUUGAUUGCUGCAACUACUUUCUUUUACCUGUAAUAAGACAGUGUGAUAACAUAAGCUUCUAUCAUUCUUAAAAUCUAUCAAACUUUGAUGAUGAAAGUGUCCAUUUGUGAUUUUGAAGAAUAUUCCAAAAUAUACAUACAUGUAUCAUUUA